AUGAAGAUCGUGGUAAUCAUUGAAGCCAAAAAUACCAUCUUCUCAGCGUACGCUCCGCAGACUGGAUGCUCCGAGCAAACCACGGACAAGUACUGGAACCUUCUCGAUGAAAAGACAGCUGAAGCACCGUCACAAGAAGACAUAGUUGUCGCAGGUGAUCUUAACGGUCACGUGGGCGCUACGAAAGACGGUUAUAGCUGGCAUGGUGGUUUUGGAUAUGGGUCACGUAACACUGAUGGCGAGCGAAUUCUCUAA